AUGGAAGAAGUUAUCAAAAGAGGUGAUGGAAGAGAGGCAAAUGAAAUUCGUGCAACAACAAUCAAAGUUGGAGUGAUUAGUGGAGCAAAAGGAAGUUGUUUAAUACAAAAAGAAAAUAGUAAAGUUAUAUCAUCUGUACAAAUCAAAACACAAGACGAAUCAAUAGAUUUUGAAUUUACAGUAAAAGUGACAUUUGCCCAAUUUGAGAAUAAUAGUCUAUUCAACAAUAGAAAAGAAAUUGAACUUCAAGAAAUCUUAACACAAUCAUUAACUUCUCGUAUUAAUCAAGAAAGCAACAAAGGAAAAAUUAUUUGUUUACAAGUAUUUGUUAUGGAACAAGAUGGAAGUGUUGAAGAUAGCAUAAUCAAUUCUAGUUCAUUAGCACUAUUUGAUGCAGAAAUUCAAAUGGAUAGCAUUAUUAUUGCAACACAGUUGUUAAAUUGCCAUAUAUAA